CUUCAAGGGUUGUGUCCACUCUGCCCUCCUCCAACCUGAGAGCCUUCCUGGGAAGAUGGCAGCAGUCCUGAUUCUCCUGACCUUUCUUCUUCUGCAUGGAAGAGCUGAGGAGAUCAUUGGGGGCCAUGGGGCCAAGUGCCACUCCUGUUCCUACAUGGCAUUUGUUGAAUUUCUGGAUGUUAAGGGGAAGAAGAUUUGCUGUGGAGGCUUCCUGAUGCGAGAUAAUUUUGUGCUGACAGCUGCUCACUGUCUGUAUAGCACAAUGAAAGUCACUCUAGGAGCCCACAACAUCAAGAUCCAGGAGGAGAGCCAGCAGAUCAUCCUGGUGGCAAAAGCCAUCCCACACCCACGCUUUAAUAACGAAACCCUCACAAGUGACAUCAUGCUCUUAAAGUUGGAGAGGAAGGCUCUAAGGACUGAAGCUGUGAGGCCCCUCAGCCUGCCCUGUUCUGAGGUAUGUGAAGGCAGGGAUGUGUGCUCCGUGGCAGGUUGGGGAAAGAUGGCCCCACAUGGUAAAUUAUCAAAUGUACUACAAGAAGUAGAGCUAACAGUCCAGAAGGACCAGGAGUGUGAGUCCUGCUUUCCACGUCGUUACAAGAAAGUCACUGGGAUCUGUGUGGUGAACCCAAAGAUCAAGUGUGCUUCCUUUAAGGGGGAUUCCGGAGGGCCUCUCCUGCGUAAUAAAGCGGUUGCAGGCAUCGUCUCCUAUGGGUUUAAAAAUGAUUCAGCCCUGAGAGUCUUCACCAGAGUGUCAAGUUUCCUAUCCUGGAUAGAGGAAACAAUGAAAUACAAUUAA